GGAGGCGCCGAGCCCCGCGCAGCGCCCGCGCCGCUGCACGGGCUGAGCGGAGCCCGGCCAUGGAGCUCCGCCGGUCCAUCUCGGCCAGCGCCGAGGCCGAGAGACCCAUGCGGCGCUACGGGGCAGUGGAGGAGACGGAGUGGAAGGCGGAGGCGCUGGGCAGAAAUCAACUUGACAUCAUUUCAAUGGCUGAAACAACAAUGAUGCCUGAGGAAAUUGAGCUUGAGAUGGCAAAGAUCCAGAGACUUCGGGAAGUCUUAGUCAGAAGAGAAUCAGAACUCAGGUUUAUGAUGGAUGACAUCCAGCUGUGCAAAGACAUUAUGAACCUUAAGCAGGAGCUGCAGAGUUUGGUAGCAAUCCCAGAAAAAGAAAAAACAAAGAUGGAGAAGCAAAGAGAGGAUGAACUGAUUCAGAAGAUUCAUCGACUGGUACAAAAAAGAGAUUUUCUUGUAGAUGAUGCAGAGGUGGAGAGAUUACGGGAAAAAGAAGAAGACAGAGAGAUGGCUGAGUUCCUUCGCACCAAGUUAAAACCCGUCGACAAAGCAACACAGUCUCCUACCAGCAGCCCAGCAGAAAAGAAGGCAGAACCUCCUCCAAGCAAGCCCACCAUUGCCAAGGCAGGGCUGGCAAUUAUUAAAGAUUGUUGUGGGGCCACACAGUGCAACAUCAUGUAGAGAGAGCCCUGGGCUUCCCACCCUGCUUGUCUUUUCAGUGUUUCCAUUGAGUGGAACUGGAUGGUGAGGGGAACCAGCAGCAUCCUGCUGAGGGAGGCAAGAGCAGCUGCACAAGUGUAAUCUAUGGACUGGACAAUGGCAGGUUCUUCACUGUUGCAUGGAUCACUCUACACGCAUGCCUAAAAA